GAUCGGUCCGAAGCAGAGGCAGGAGCCAGGGAAGGUUGAAGACAACCCCAGCUUGCUGGACACCGAGGCAGCGCGCCAUGGAGCUGCGGGGACUCCGGGCGCCCCUGCUCGCCCUCUCCUUCUUCCUGGGCUACACGCUGGCCGCGGCGCGGGGCAAGGAAGUGGUACUAUUGGAUUUUGCUGCGGCUAAAGGAGAACUAGGUUGGCUGACACAACCCUACAACAAAGGUUGGUACAUGACACAGAAUAUGAUGGAUAACAAGCCCAUCUACAUGUAUUCCGUGUGCAACGUAAUGUCCAGUGACCAGGACAACUGGCUGCGCACCAACUGGAUCUACCGCAGUGAAGCGGAGAAGGUGUUCAUUGAGCUCAAGUUUACUGUGCGGGACUGUAACAGCUUCCCUCAGGGGGCUAGCUCCUGCAAGGAAACCUUCAACCUAUACUAUGCUGAGUCGGAUGUGGAUUAUGGUACCAACUUCCAGAAGCGCCAGUUCAAGAAGAUAGACACCAUUGCCCCUGACGAGAUCACAGUCAACAGUGACUUCGAGUCACGUACCGUGAAGCUCAACGUGGAGGAGCGCUCAGUGGGACCCCUGACGCAGAACGGCUUCUACCUGGCCUUCCAGGACAUCGGGGCCUGCGUGGCCCUGCUCUCUGUGCGCAUCUACUAUAAGAAAUGCCCCGACAUGCUGCAGAGCCUGGCCCGAUUCCCCGAGACCAUCGCCGGGUCUGACUCGGCCAACCUUGCCAAGGUUGCCGGCACCUGUGUGGAGCACGCCUUGGUGGUGCCGGGCGGCGAGGAGCCCACGAUGCACUGUAACGUCGAUGGCGAGUGGCUGGUGCCCAUCGGGCAGUGCAUGUGCGAGGCGGGCUACGAGAAAGUGGAAGAAUCCUGCCAGGCCUGUUCUCCUGGCUCCUUCAAGUCUGAGGCCUCAGAGAGCUCCUGCAGCCCAUGCCCCCUACAUACUCUACCUUCCUCCGAGGGUGCCACCAUCUGUGAGUGUGAAGAGGGCUUUUUCCGGGCUGCAGAGGACCCUUCAUCCAUGCCCUGUACCCGUCCGCCAUCUGCCCCGAGCCACCUCACCGUCAUUGGCUUAGGGGCCAAAGUGGAACUUCGUUGGAAGCCCCCCCAGGACACAGGGGGUCGGGAAGAUAUCACCUACACUGUCACGUGUGAGCAGUGCUGGCCUGAGACUGGGGAGUGCCAGCCCUGCGAGCCCGCUGUGCGCUACUCCCAAAACCCCCACGGGCUGUCUAGCAACAGCCUGAUUGUCAGUGACCUGGAGCCCCACAUUAACUACACCUUCGCUGUGGAGGCCCGGAAUGGUGUCUCAGGCCUCGUGACUAGUCGAAGCUUCCGGACAGCCAGCGUCAGCAUCAACCAGACGGAGCCUCCCAAAGUGAAGCUGGACAGCCGCAGCACGACCUCCCUGAGCGUGUCCUGGACUAUACCUCUGAGGCAGCAGAGCCGCGUCUGGAAAUAUGAGGUCACCUACCAUAAGAAGAAAGACACCAACAGCUACAAUGUUCGCCGGACCGAGGACUUCUCUAUCACCCUGGAUGACCUGAUGCCAGGCACCACCUACCUGGUCCAGGUCCAGGCCUUGACGCAGGAGGGCCAGGGUGCAGGCAGCAGAGUGCAUGAAUUCCAGACCCUCUCCACUGAAAGUUCAAGCAAUAUGGCGGUGAUUGGUGGGAUAUUGGGUGGCUUAUUCCUGCUCCUGGCCUUGGCCUAGCUGGACUUCUCAUUCACACGAAGGAGGAAGAACCUGCGAGCCCGGCAGUCUCCUGAAGACGUUUACUUCUCCAAGUCAGAACAAUUGAAGCCCCUGAAAACUUAUGUGGAUCCCCACACCUAUGAGGACCCCAACCAGGCUGUGCUGAAAUUCACCACAGAGAUCCACCCGUCCUGUGUCACUCGUCAGAAAGUGAUUGGUGCAGGUGAAUUUGGGGAGGUUUUCAAGGGGUCGCUGAAGGCUUCAGGGAAGAAGGAGGUGCCCGUGGCUAUCAAGACUCUCAAAGCAGGCUACACAGAGAAACAGCGGGUAGACUUCCUGAGCGAGGCCAGCAUCAUGGGCCAGUUUAACCACCACAACAUCAUCCACCUGGAGGGAGUGGUCUCCAAAUAUAAGCCCAUGAUGAUCAUAACAGAAUACAUGGAGAAUGGCGCACUGGACAAAUUCCUUCGGGAGAAGGAUGGCGAGUUCUGUGUGAUCCAGCUGGUAGGCAUGCUACGGGGCAUCGCAUCGGGCAUGAAGUACCUGGCCAGCAUGAACUACGUGCACCGGGACCUGGCCGCCCGCAACAUCCUCGUCAACAGUCAGCUGGUGUGCAAGGUGUCCGACUUCGGGCUCUCCCGGGUCCUGGAGGAUGACCCUGAAGCCACCUACACGACCAGCGGCGGGAAGAUCCCUAUCCGAUGGACAGCCCCUGAGGCCAUCUCCUACCGCAAGUUCACCUCGGCCAGCGAUGUGUGGAGCUAUGGCAUCGUCAUGUGGGAGGUGAUGAGCUAUGGAGAGCGGCCCUACUGGGAGCUGUCCAACCAUGAGGUGAUGAAAGCCAUCAACGAGGGAUUCCGGCUGCCAGCUCCAAUGGACUGCCCCUCGGCCAUCUACCAGCUAAUGAUGCAGUGCUGGCUGCAGGAGCGGGCACGGAGGCCCAAGUUCCCUGACAUUGUCAGUAUCCUGGACAAACUCAUCCGGGCCCCUGAGUCCCUCAAGACCCUGGCUGAAUUCGACCCUAGGGUGUCCAUCCGACUCCCCAGCACAAGCGCUCGAGGGCAUUCCCUUCCGCACCGUGUCCGAUGGCUCGAGUCCAUCAAGAUGCACCAAUACACAGUACACUUCAUGUCAUCGGGCUACAACGCCAUCGAGAAGGUGGUGCAGAUGACCAAUGACGAUAUCAAGAGGAUUGGGGUCCGCCUGCCUGGCCACCAGAAACGAAUUGCCUAUAGCCUCCUGAGCCAGGAGCAAGUGAACACCGUGGGGAUCCCCAUCUGAGUGGAGCCGCCCAAUGUGGACAGGAGGAUGGGCCCCGUUCCUGCACCCCACCAUCCCCCCUCCACAGCCAAUGGGACACAUGAAAAUACUUGAAGAGAACUCAGAAUUAAAACAGACCAUGGCCUCCUCCCUUCUGGAUGAAACUGGCUGCUAAGUAAGGAGAGGCCAUGGUCCUCCCCCCUGCCCCUGCCCCCAGCUGCUCUCUUCAGUACAUGGUUGAAGUCCCUCGUUGAUGCUGCCCAGGAUGCAUCUGUGUCCGCGAGCUUCCAAGCCCCUUCUUGAGGGUGUCUGGUGCCCCUUCCCCAGGCCAGAUUACUACUGGGGUGACAGCCUGUUUGAGGUUUUUCUUCAGUCUUCUGCUUCUCUGAGAAAGGAACCGGGACCCUGAUGGGCAUUGAGCACUUAACUGUACCUUCUAGGAAAGCAAGCCCUUGAAUCUUGUGGCAUUUCCAAAACUGCUCCGUGGGCUUCUUUUACCCACAAGGCAGGGGGAGGGGUGGUCCAGGCCGAGACCAUCCCCAGGGGAAAGGGAACCCCAUCCCUAUUCACUCUUUAUAAGAGAUAACCUAAAACAUGACUCAACAGUUAGAAACCCAAACAACACCACGGAGACCGGAUCAUGACGGACAACCCAGCUAGGGGCUGGGCGGGCCUCUUCCUCUUUCUCCAUCAUUUUCUAUUCAUUUGGACCAUCCCUUUCCACUCCCCCCCACCCAUCCUCCAGCCCCAAAGUACUGUUGUGGCCGUGGCCUGUAAAGGUUUCAUUGGAUGUAUUUUUAUUUUAUAUAUUUUGUACUUUGUAGAGAGUGUGUUCCUGUGGGACCCUGCUGCGGGUGAGACAGUAGGGGGAGGGGAGGGGUCCCGUAUCUGACAUUCCUGAGUCUGGGAGGAAACAGACUGGCCAGCCUGCACAGUCAUAUGCCUAUGAAAUUCCGAGGGAUGGUCUGUCCUUUUCCUCCCUCUCCGUUUAUAUCCGGCCGCCUGCCAUACUCCCUCAAUGAUGGUCAAUAGUACUGUCAGUGUUAUCUUGCAAAGGUUGGUGUUUUGUGGGUUAUUUUUGUGAUAUUAAUUUAUUAUUUUUUUAUAUUUAUUGUUAGAAAUUAAUUAUUUCUACUUCAGAUUAAAG